AUGGCGCAUCGCGUGCUGUUUCUCCCGGGUGAUGGUGUGGGGCCCGAGCUACUGGCCGCUGCCCAAGUGGUCCUGCGUGCCACUGGUGUACGAUUGAAGGUGGAGACCAUGGACUAUGGCCGGAGCUAUGAGAGAACUCACGGCAGGGGAUUGGUGGGCUUAAGCGUCCCUGUGAGUGAGAAACACUUGGAUGCCAUCCAGCGCCUCGGCACAGUGCUGAAAGGUCCGAUCGAAAUUGACCCCAAGACCCCCUUGCUGGAGCUGCGGGGUCGACGCUUCACUUCGGCCAACCAGGCCCUCCGGAAGAUUUUCCAACUCUACGCCAACGUGAGGCCCUGCAGAUUUCUGGAGGGCGUGAAGGGCGUGAAGAGCGUGAAGGCCGCCUUUCCGGAUACCAACCUGGUGGUGGUCAGGGAGAACACAGAAGGGAUGUACACAGGGGAGGAGCGCUGGGAAGGGGAAGCUGGAAGCAGUGCUGUGGCAACGCGACGGAUUACGAGGGAAGGGACCCUUCGCGUGGCGCGCUUUGCAUUCGACUUUGCGCAGAAACAUGGGAGGAAGAAGGUGACGGUGGCGCAUAAGGCCAAUGUGCUGCGACUCUCAGACACCUUGUUCUUGAACUGUUGCAGGGAGGUUUCAGCAGCCUAUCCUCAGAUCCAGUACACUGAGCAACUCUGCGAUUCUUUGCUAACUGCUAUGGUCAUGCAUCCAGGCCGGUGGGAUGUGAUUUUAUGUGAGAAUUUGUAUGGUGACUUAGUCUCCGACCUGGCGGCUGGCUUGGUUGGGGGCCUUGGCUUGGCACCAUCAGCGCUGUAUGGAGACCAAGGGGUAGCCAUCUUUGAACCGGCGCAUGGCAGUGCGCCAGACAUUGCAGGCAAGGGGAUUGUGAAUCCAACCUCCAUGUUGUUGUCCGCUUCGAUGAUGCUGGACCACUUGGGGGAGGUGGAAGCGGCCAGACGCCUGGAGGCUGCCUUGGCGACCAUCCGUGAGGGCGAAACCACUCCGGAUUUAGGGGGCAAGGCUGGAACCAUGCAGAUGGCGGAAGCGGUUGCGAAGAAGCUUCGUACGAAUUCAAAGAUCUAAGACUUUCUAAGAUGAUCGAAGAGGUUUGAAGGAGAUGGCAGAAUCUGAUAUCUGAGACGUUUGAAGGAGAAUCACAACUGUGGAGUUGCGUAGCAGAAGGCCAAAGCAGCCGAUAACCAACGCGAAUUCACGGAGAACAGGUUGGAUCAUGAUAGAUAGCUGGCUGCAGUGCUAGGUAUAUCUAUAUAG